AUGACGUCGUCAAAGCUUCGAUUUAAAGCCAAUAAGACAAGAACUUUGAACAAAAUGGCCUUAGGGUCUGUUUCAAAGGAUUUAAAAAGUUUGGCUGGUACCAAAGGGCCAAAAUUCGACAGAGGACUUUUACUUAUCAAGAUACGGAUUUCAAAACUAGUCAACGAUGAUAACACGGCAGAUAUUUACGAAAUCCUUGUAGUUGAUUGUGAAUUAAUGCUUUCGAAAUUGAACAGAUUGUUAAGUGUGAGACAUGACAGGAAGAAUGAGGAAAUUCAAGGAGGUGAUGAAACUGUGAAUAAGUUAGCAAGAAAGAUGAUGUUUGCCUCAAAUUACGUGAACAUCAAGGAAUUUAAGAAGCUUGUGACUCUUCUCAUCAAUAAAUACGGUAAAUUGUAUUAUGAAGAGGCUGUCCAAAAUUAUGGGUUGGAUGAAACGUCAAAAGCGGAUGAAGACUUCAGAAAGAAAUGUACAGAAGAUAAUGUCGAUGAGUUGACAGAAAUGUACCUGAAAGAGUUUUGUGACACAUACAAGAUUGAUUUAUAUGGGGAGGGGUUGUACAAAGAUGAAAGUAAUUCGAGUGAUGAUGAUUCGGAUGGUGAUAUAGCUGAGAAGGAGGACGAGAACAAAAGUGUAAAUGGUAAUGACAAGAAUGACAAAAACCAAAGCAAAAAGGGAGAUGACAUGGAUGAUCUCAAGAAGAGAUUUGAAGCAUUGAAGAGAAUUUAG